CAGUCUUAAGACAAUAAAUAUCAUAGACUUUUGACCAACUAUUUAUAAUUAUACCUGUUAGCCUACCUUCGUUUCAUUUGUAUAUAUAUCAGACAUUUCCAGUCAUAGAUUCUCGUUGUAUAUCAUUCCUUCAUUUUGCAUUUCUUUCAUAGAUUAGACAACUGCUCAGUUCACUUAAUAAUUUUCCAUUUAUAUCUAAAUUAACUUCCAUGGAUUCUAUAUAACUACAAUCAUAGACAUUUAACUACAUUCAUCAUAAUGCUAUUGUCAAGGCUACGGCCUAAAGUAAGGAUAAGGCGAUUCAAUUAUCAUUUAAAUCUUAUACGACAUAAUUCAACUCGAUUUUUCCUCGAAACUCAAUCCAUAACUAAUCAUCCUCAAGAUUCAGAUAUCACCAAUAAUGAUCAUGUAAAUAAAGAUUAUUUCGAACCUAAGGAUGAAUCACAGAUCAAAUUAAAGCGAAUACUUACAUCUAGAGUACCACUAUUGAAUCCAAAACUUCAUUAUCAACAAAUUUCAAAGUCAUACGUUCCACAACCUUUGAACUACGAUGAUUUCGAUCAUGAACCAGAACAUUCUUAUGAACAAUUAAUAAGCCAUAAUACAAAUAAUCCACCUGUUGUAGGUUCUAUUAUUGAAUAUGUUAACCCAGCGACUAAUUCAAUCUCACUGGGAGUGGUGUUAAGAGAAGCCCAAUCGAAAUUCAAUGAAAAUUAUAAUAAAUUAAUUGUCUUAACUUCUGAGAAUAUAAUCGAAUCGGUUUCACCAGUAUCAGUUACAUUUCAAUUAUAUGAGGUAUUAAAUCCAGAGUGGAUUAAUUCGUUCAAUAUCCUAGAUAAUCGUUUUGAUGCUACCCUUCCUGGAAGAUCAUUAAUCACUAACAUUUUAAAUGAAUUCAUUAAGAAAAGUUUAAUCUACAGUAAAGAUAUAGAACCACAAUUCAAUAUUGUCUUCGGACAAUAUGCCUUAUCCCACACGAUCACACCUAUAUCACUCUUGGAAAUAAUUGAAUCUUUAAGACUCUCAGAAUCAUUGUUGACGGAAAUUGAUCAAUCUUACUAUCAUCAAUGUAUGUUGUUAAUGAGUAUACAUAUGACUCUUGUUAAUUCACCAAUGUGGUUGGUCCCUAAUCUUAAUAUGUUGAAUCGAUCAAGUAAUGUCAUAAAUCAUUUCUCUAAUCAGAUCAUUAAGGGGUCAGAUUACUUUGUUAAUUCAGAGUAUAAUGCAGUCAUGAUUAAUAAAUUUAUUCAAAAUUGUGAAAAUGAGAUCCUAUUUAUUGAAUCUAACAAGUUUUUAAAUCAACUUUAUCACGAUCAAGCAAAUGGUAAACGAAAGUCAUUAGAAGAUCUUAACCUUUAUUUCAAUAUUUGGGAAGGAAGACAUCACAAGUUCAUUAUUGAUGUUUUGAAAUUCACCAUCAUCUAUCCACAUCAAAGUCUAUUACUGUUGAUUGGUAAAUUUGAUGUUUUCAAAUCACAAAUUCCAAUAACUCCAACUAAAAUAUAUAACUUCCUUAAUGAAUUGAAUAUCUAUGAAGAUGGCCUUAAUGGAAGACAUGACCCUACACAUCCCCUUCUUUCAUCAAAUGUCAUGGGUGAAGUCGAUUUAGAUGGUUUAGCUACUAGCAGCCCAAAUCAAUUGAUGCCAUCUAAUAAUAUUGAACAAUAUAACAGUAAGGAUCCGCAAGACUAUUUCCAACAUUUAAGAAAAUCAAAAGUAUAUUACCCUGAUCAUACCAUCUAUGGAAUACCAUAUAAGACCAAAGUUGAUUCAGAAUUGAAAGAAUCGAUUCUUGCGGUUUCUCUUGAAAAGAUAAAUUCAAGAAAAUACCUCAUAAACAUUCAUAUACCCGAUAUAAUGACUAAAAUCUCUCCUGAUAGUGCAAUUAUAAAAUCAAUUACUUCAUCAAGUGCCAAUAUGAAAGUCAUGGAUGCUUCGAAACAAGAUUCAGACCAUGGGAUAUUUGGAACAUUGAAAUUAGAUCAGUUUAAAUUCAAGAAUCAAAAUAUUUCCGAACAGACAGAUAAUGAAUGGGUAAGUGCUAGUGACUUGAUUCCACAGACUACAUUAGAUCGAAUUCGAAAUUUAAAUCAAAAAGAUGGUACGACAUGUUUGACAAUAUCAUUUCUUUAUAAUAGUUAUGAAUCUAAUCCAUUCACUGAUUUACAAAAUAAAGUAACUUAUUCAUUUGAUUCAUUGUCGUCGGUGUGCAUAAAAAAUAUCUCAUGGAAUGAACUUGAAGAAUGUUUAAAGGGAAAGUCAGAAACUUCAAAAGCAUUUAGAUUAUUCACUAGGCCUUUCGUUCAAUCUACAGAAGAUCGGAAACUUAAAUUGUUAAACAAUGAUGAUAUUCAUAAUGUUUGUUUCAUUCAUAAUAUCUUGAAGACUCAUAUUAAGUUGAGGAAUUUAGAAGGAGCAUCAAUCAAGGAACCUACUACUUCAUUAGGCGAGAACUUAUCAAAUGGAGACAAUGGAGAAUCAUUACCAAGAUCAAAAUUCUUCGUAUCUGAGAUUGAAAAAUUUGUAGGGAAUUUAACUGCCAGUUAUUGUCAAUACUUUGAAAUUCCAAUUUUAACUCAAGAACAAAAUCUUGUUCUUGAUAAGAGUGACGAUAUCUUAAAUCAAUCAUCAUCGAAAGUCGAUCCAGAAGAUAAUGCAUUGGUAACACAUCAUAAUACAUUAUUACCUAGUUUUUAUGCUGAUACCUAUUAUCAAACAUUACUUUCAAGAGAUAUCAAUGGAUAUGUUUCUGUACCAGCUAAUAUAAUUGCACGAAAUUAUUUACAGAAGUCAGCAAUAUUGGUUAACUCAGGUAAGAAUGCAAGACAUAUCCCCUUAGGUUUGAACAAUGGGUUUGUUGAUUUAUGUAAUACAUUUCAAGAUUUCGAAUCUGUAGUGAAUCAAUUACAGAUCUUGAAUCAUAUUCAAUCACAAGCAAAUAUCUCAUUUGUCCAAAAUUCUCAAAGUCAAAUCAGUUUGAUUGAUAAAUUCAGUUAUUUAAAGGGGUUAGGAUAUAAUCUAAAUGGACCAAUGGGUCCUCUGGUGUUGAAUGCUCAACUUCGAAAGAUCAAAAACUCACAAAUCAUGAUUGAUCAUUUAAGAUCAAGUUUCAAAUCCUUCAAUGCAUUGAAACAACUUGAAAAGUCGUUACAGACUACUCAACCAUCAGAUAUCACCUACACAUGUUAUGUAACUCAUAAGGGAUAUAGAAUUGAUGAUAUAAAUUCUCAUCUUGUAAGAGGGUUCUGUAAAGAAUUAGAUCUUGAAGUUGACAUACUUGUUGCUGAAACAAGUCAAAUCUCAAUUGGAUCAACUUUACAAUGUGAUAAAGUUAUGUACUUGGAUCCUACUGGUGGUCAAUGUAUCUUAAAGCAAAUCGAAGGCUUCUAAGCAUAGCAUUUCUUGUAAAUAGCAUUGUAUAUAUAAUGUAUAGAAAUUAUUGCAAAAUAGAUAAAUUUUUAAUUUCCUGCAUAUAUCGCAUGACUUCAAAAUUUUUCAUUUCUGUCAGUUUUUGACUCAU